UGCUCGCUGUCAUCGGGUUUCGCCGUCGACCUCGGCAACGUAUGGCGCUUCCCCUACAUCUGCUACAAGAACGGCGGCGGUGCGUUCUUGAUCCCGUACCUGAUCAUGCUGAUCUUCGGCGGCCUUCCGCUCUUCUACAUGGAGCUAGCUCUCGGCCAGUACCAUCGCAGCGGCUGCUCAACCCUCUGGAAGAAGAUCUGUCCGGCUCUGAAAGGCAUCGGCUACGCCAUCUGCAUCAUCGACAUCUACAUGGCCAUGUGCUACAACACGGUGCUGGCGUGGUCGGUCUACUACCUGGUGCAAAGCUUCCGUAACGAGCUGCCGUGGACGCGCUGCCAGAACGCCUGGAACACGGCCCGCUGUCGACAGACGCCACUCAACGAGAGCUGGCCGCCGCCGGACGGCAACGCCACCAGCCCCGCCUACGAGUACUUCCACUACGCUGUAUUGGAAGUUCAGAAAGCGGACGGAAUCAACGAUCUAGGGUCGGUCAAGUGGCCGCUGGCUGUCUCUCUGCUGGCUGUUUUCGUGCUGGUCUACUUCUCCUUGUGGAAGGGCGUGAAGAGCACAGGAAAGAUACUAUCUCACUCCCAAUGGCACCGACUUAAGGACGUUAAGGUAUGGAUAGAUGCGGCCACGCAGAUCUUCUUCUCACUGGGGCCCGGCUUCGGAACACUUCUGGCUCUCUCUAGCUACAACAAGUUUAAUAACAACUGCUUCAGGGACGCAAUGAUUACGAGUACAAUCAACUGUCUGACCAGCUUCCUUGCCGGCUUCGUCAUCUUUUCAGUUCUGGGGUACAUGGCAACGGUCCAGAACAAAGGACAUCGACUCGGUUGGCACGGACGGUCAUCUGUGGAGCUGCCACAGAGCACCACGAUUGCUCGAAGUCACUACGUCCGGACAGUGCAGUGUCUCUUCCACCCGCAGGUCUGGACAGCACCUUCGGAUGGUCUCGAGGCCAUGAUUACCGGACUCUGUGACGAAUACCCGAACGUGCUCGGCAAACAUCGCGAGAUCUUCGUUGGCUGCCUCCUGGUCUUCUGCUACAUCUGCGCGCUCCCCACCACCACAUACGGCGGGAUGUACGUGGUGGACCUGCUGAUGAUCUACGGCCCCGGCAUAUCCGUGCUGUUCAUCGUGUUCGUGGAGGCGGUCGCCGUCUGCUGGUUUUACGGCGCUAACAGGUUCGCGAGUGAUGUCGAGAGGAUGAUUGGAUCCAGCCCCGGCAUAUUCUGGCGCAUCUGCUGGAAUUUUGUCAGCCCGCUGUUCUUAUUGUUCAUCUUUGUGUGCUCGCUGGUGACGUACGAGGACCUGCGCACCAAGGAGUACGUCUAUCCACGCUGGUCGAUCGCGCUCGGCUGGGGCAUGACGGCCAGCUCGCUCGUCUGCAUCCCCGCCUAUAUCGUCUACAUGUUCCUGACCACGCCCGGCUCUUUGAAGCAGCGCUUCUACGUGUGCAUCACGCCGGAGGGGGACCUUGGGCUGAACUCGACCCUGGUGCCGGCGGCGAUCACGGGGAAGGAGGCCGAGGCGCCGCCCACAGCCGUAUGACUGGCCGACGGAUGCCGCCGGCGCUCGACGCCCGACUGCAGCGCCCUCUGUGGCCGACCGCAGCGCUCCCAGCGGGAACUCUGGGCAACUCUCGACAAGCGGCUUUCGCUCCACACAAACGAGUGGUUGGUGUGAGGAGGAGGGCUGGAGAGGAGCAUUGCACUGAAUGCUGCUUGUUGUCUUACGCCUAGGGACCAAACUGGAUGUCCGUCUUCAAGCCAAACCAGGUGCAGUGUGCAGAACACCCUUGAUUAUCUGCAAGUGCGCGCAUUUUCCAAAUGUAACGUGAUUUGUUGAUCCUCACGGAAGU